GAACAAGAAAAUUGUUUAACCAUUGGAGUCUGUAAACUACAAUCCUAUUGGCUGAGGCGCCUUGGUUGUAUCAGAAGCUAGAGAGAGAGACAGAGAGAGAUGGCAGAGGAAAACAAAGUGACCCUAUAUGGAAUGUGGUCAAGCCCUUAUGUUAAGAGGGUGGAAUUGGCUCUCAGACUCAAAGGCAUACCCUAUGAAUAUGUGGAAGAAGAUUUGAGGAACAAAAGCCAGUUGCUCCUCAAACUGAAUCCCAUUCAUCAGAAAGUUCCAGUACUUGUCCACAAUGGAAAAACAAUUGUUGAGUCUCUUGUCAUCCUUGAAUAUAUUGAUGAAACCUGGAAAACUGGCCCUCAACUUCUACCAGAAGAUCCCUAUAAACGAUCCCAAGUUCGCUUCUGGGCAAGCUAUCUGCAACAGGUGUUUGAGAGCAUGGUCUCAGUGCUCAAAACCAGUGGACAAGCACAAGAGAAAGCCAUUAAAGAAGUGACUGAGAAACUCAAGUUACUUGAAGAGGGAUUGAAGGGUUUCUUCCCAAAUGGCUUUCCAAAUUCAUUUGACAUAGAAAAUGUGGGACUACUAGAGGUGGUCAUUUGUUCACAUUUUGGUGCAAAUGAAGCUCAGGAAGAAGCCCUUGGAGUGAAAGUUAUAACCCCCGAGAAGACUCCACUAAUUUAUUCCUCCAUAACAGCUCUGACUGAGAUCCCUGCGGUGAAGGCGGCGAGCAUUCCUCAUGAGAAGGUGGUGGCUUUCCUCAAGUUCUUUAGAGAAAAGGCCCUCAAAUCUUCUGCAGAGUGACCAUUUAGUAGUAUUAAUUGUUGAGUUGUGUUUGCUUCUUGUUGUCAAUUACUCUGUUUUGUUUUGUGUCUGUGGCACUUUAUGGAGUCUCAAAUAAUGGGAGAAACAAUCCUACUACUUGGGUUCUGCUCGCCAAUGUUAUCUAAUUUGUUGUAAAAGAAUAAAGUGAUUGGUACGACGA